CUGCAGCCAGCUGGUCCUUAGCCCUGGAGCAUCUGGAGCUCUGCUUGCUGUCCUGCAGCCUCGGGGUGGCUGGGCAGAAGGGAGGGGGUGAUGCUAAAACAACAGGUUUGCAGCUCAUCCUGAGGCUCAGCCGGGGACAGAAUCCAUCCUUGUGAAAAACAGGACCUCAAAGCCAAGUAUGUGGAAGAGCUGUUUCCUACCCAUCUCCUCUUCUCCCAAACUGCGUUCCCCUUGCUGAAGCAAGGUAACGCUGCUUGAGGUCCACUUAGCAAAAAGGAGGGAGAAGCCGAGUGCUGAGCUGAUAUCCAGACAUUUUUCCUCUUAGGCUUCAGCAGCCGGGAGAACAGAGCAAAGUGAUUACUUUUGUGACAAAGGUGGAGCUGGAUGGAGAGCUGAGAACCGCCCUGUGGGAGAUGCUCCAUUAGGAAAUUGCCUCCAUGACCAAGUGCAAGAAAGUGGCUCAGCGGGGAGCUAAUGUCCUCCAUGGAGGCCACAGGCUUAUCCGCAUGGAGCUGUGCCCUGGGGGGGACCUUAGGUGCCUCCUAAAGCCCAAGAGUUUAAUUUAUCUUUUUUUGUACAGAUUAAGAAGGAGAACACUCUCAGUUCCCAGAGGAAAAGAAAAAGAGGUUAAUCCACAGAGAAGUGAUUAAUUGAUUUUUGUUUGUACUGAACAUUCUGGAAAUGUUUGGGAACAUCGGUUGGUUGGGAUAAUGGCUGUUGGCUCUCAGUGUGCAGAGAAAGUGGAGCUAUAAGUAAUUAAUUAGGUGUAAAUUAAUUUCCCCACCUUUCAAGAGCACAAAAUCAGCCUUAAAAUCCACUUAAGGUGGGUUGAAGGAGGUAAGUAGUGGGCCAGCUGCCCCAGCAUGUCCCCGUGUCUAAGGCAGCAAGGGAAGGCAGCUCUGCCAUCACCUCAGAGGGAGCAAGGAAAGAGGCAACAGAGAGGGAUCCGUGCAUUGGGGGAGAGCGGAUUUUGCAGGGCUGGGCUGAGCAAUUACGCCUGGACUCUGAAUUCUUGCUGAGAAGCAUCUUGGAGGAGAGGGGCCAGUGAGUUUUCCUGGGGUGGAGGGGUGCAGGAGGGAGCUGAAGGUUUGCAAUCUGCACACCCCAAGCUCAGGGUUAGCUGAGAUGCCCCAAACUUCUUGCUGUGCUGGGGACAGGGGUACGUAUAGAGGCAAUGUUGUUCCCCAUGGAUGCUGGAUGGGUGGUAGAGGUGGGUGGAUCGCUGCUUGUUUCUUCCACUGGUCAAUUAAAAAAACCAAACACCAACCUUUAAUUUUUUUCUGUUUCACAGUAAAGCUGCUCAUCAUUGUUCAAAAAUGCAAUUGUUAUUCCCUCAAGUCAUAACAUCAGAAAAGUAGUCAGGGUUAGAGGCAUGUUGAUGAGUUGCCUCCAAGUCCAGUCCUCCUGGAAGGAUGGACUGGAACAAACUUGACCUUUGGGAAGCUUGGGCGAGCCCAGCCAGGUCUGUGGUAUGCAGAGGAAGACUACAGCUCUCAGGAGACCUUUGCUAACACAGUCUUAGAUUCACCAAGAUGAAGACAGCAACCAACAUUUACAUCUUUAACCUCGCUCUGGCUGAUACCUUGUGUCUGAUGACCUUACCCUUCCAGGGUACAGACACGUUCCUGGGCUUCUGGCCCUUUGGCAACGUCCUCUGCAAGAUUGCCAUCUCUAUAGACUACUACAACAUGUUCACAAGCACCUUCACCCUGACGAUGAUGAGCGUGGACCGCUACAUUGCUAUCUGCCACCCUAUCAAAGCACUAGACAUCCGCACUCCUCACAAGGCCAAAGUGGUGAACGUCUGCAUCUGGGCACUGGCUUCUGUCUUUGGCAUCCCAGCAAUGGUGAUGGGAUCUGCAGAGAAUGAAAACAACGAAAUUGAUUGUCUAAUUAAACUCCCUUCACCCGUGGAUUACUGGGAUCCAGUGUUUGGCAUCUGUGUCUUUCUCUUCUCCUUUAUGAUCCCUGUGUUAAUCAUCACUAUUUGCUACAGUCUCAUGAUCAGACGACUCAAGAACGUCCGUGUCCUCUCGGGCUCCAAGGAGAAGGACCGAAACCUGAGGCGCAUCACCCGGAUGGUCCUGGUGGUGGUGGCAGUCUUCAUCAUUUGCUGGACUCCCAUCCAGAUUUUCGUGCUGGUCCAGUGCUUGGGUGCCAAGGCAGAAAGCGAGCUCGAGCUGGCCAUCUCCUGCUUCUGUACCGCGCUGGGAUAUGCCAACAGCAGCCUGAAUCCUGUGCUCUACGCCUUCUUAGAUGAGAACUUCAAGGCGUGCUUCAAGAAGUUCUGCUUCCCCACCGCCUUCAGGACCGAGCUCCAGAUGUCCAAUAGGAUGUGCAGCAUUGCCAAGGACGUGGCCUAUGCCUGCAAGAACUCGGAGGGGACUAACAAUCCGGCAUGACUAGGCAUGGAAAUUCCCAUGGUGGCUGUUGCCCAGCAGAGUCCAACCACCCCCACGUCAGAGCUAACUCAGAUAACAGCUCUUUAGCAGGACCUCAAAACUGAGAGGCGAGAAACCAAGGAAACAAUUUUGGGGGUUGGGAAAACCGGAUACUGCAAGAGCAUGAAGAAAAAGUGAGCCCAUCUGAUGCAUUUUUAAUUCCAGUGCACCCUGCACUAAGGAACGUGUUUGAAAUCAGCCCUUUGAUUCCUGCGAAACCCUGGUGGUUUGCAACAUUAUUAAGAAUUCAGGAAUUAAGGGUUUAAAACAGGCAUUGCUCCUGGGACUUACACUUUUGCUGCUGGGAGACAGACAAAAUGCAAACUAUUCCAUUUCUUUUUUCCUCCCUGAGUUGUUUAAGACGUUAACAGCUCAUGUGGCUCACCAAGCGCUCGUGUGCGGGUUUUAUUCCUGCAGCAUUGCUCUGAAAUUAGACUUUGCUGAAGACAAAGUGGGCAGCAGCCAUCAGACAAAACCCAAGAUCAUCUCCAAGAUGAGUCAUCACGAAGGGAAGGAGGCAGGGAGGGAGAAGAGGGAGCUGAUGGAAAGAGAAAUUCAAACUGCCCAGUGGCUGGGAGCCUGGGGAAGGACAACAUCGGCUCCUGCAGACGGGGUCUGCAGUAAAACUCUCUGCCUCAAGAGGGGAGCAGGGUGGUGAGAAGGGUCUGUCAAAACUGAUGAAUGUAGCUCAGAAGAGGAGGAAGAAAAGAUGGAUGAAAUGAACACAAAUCCUUGUUUACAUGCUGCUAUUGCUUUUUUUUUUUUUAACCCUGUGUUUCCAUUGUAAUAAUGGACAGAAUGUGUCUAUAUAUACACAUCUCUAUAGUGCUAGACGUACAGCUAUAUUGUAGGAUUUCAUCUUGCCAAGCAUGCCUUGGGGAUCUUCCUCAGUGAGAGGAGGGAGGAAUAAAGUGGCCUAUGUAUACAUGUAUUUAUGUACUGGGGAAAGCCAUUUUGGAGAACUCAAAAUGGCAGCUCCUCCAGAAGACAUGGACAUUUCUGGUAGAAUGGGCAGCCUAAACCAGUCCCACCUGCUCCACAUGAGAUAAGCAGUGCACAAACCAUACAAAAGGUGGUUGGUGUUUUUUUUUUGUUUUUUUUUUUUAAUGAAAUGAGAUCCACGAUGCUGAGAAAGCUUGGGAAAUGCUGCCAAGGUAUGACCCCUCCUGCCAACCAUAGAUUGAUUUUCCUCUCCCAGUAGGCCAAAGCUUUGUGUAAAACGAAAUGCCCCGUCAUUUCAUUUGAUAAUGAAAGCAUUCCCGAAGAGUUUAACCACCGAGUGCCCUCCGUGCUGGCGGGGACAGCAGACUUGUAUUCUCCCUGUAGCACAACAGCCCUGGGAAAUCUGGCCGGUGGUGGCCAGUGGUGCUGAUGGGGAAGCAAAGCAACGACCUCCCUUUGGAGAUGGGAGGUCAACUCCAAUGUGAGAACCGGCAGCAUUGUCCAGACUGUAAAGAUUUCAUGUGAAUAUAUUUCUUGUGCUCUGGUCUACGAGAUUCUGUAUUUUUAAUGUAUUGAUUUGCCAAUAUUUUAAUGCUGUCACAUUCUUUAUAUAUGCUGUAUAAAAGUAUCCAAUGUUAUAUUUCUAUGUGGAGUGUUUCCCUUAUGGUUGGGCUUAAAAUAUAGAUGGAAUUCCAGUGUCCCACGUAUAGGACCCAGAUCCCUUGUAAACUGCUCAAGCUGGGAGGAUUUUCAUGCUGAUUAGCAUUUGAUUGGGAAUCUGGAGGGAUACCAGAGACAACUUUGCAAUUAGCGCUUCCCCUGAAUAACAUAGGGGGAGGAGGAAAUCUGGGCACUUUAAGCACUUUGCAAUGGGUGUUUAUCCCCAAGCACUCACCAGGAAAUCUCGUACAACCCCCAAGCAUGCAAAGAAGAACUCCCCGAGAAUGGCGCUGCUGGCAAGCUGCAUCCGUGCCCUUGGAAAAAAUGAGUUUGGUGGGCUGUCGUGUUCGUGGCUACAAUAACAGCGUUGGUCAGUGAGCAACCGUGAGUCUUCUCAGCCCGUCAGCUGUCCUACAGUCUGACAGGGUGCUGGGUAUGGCUGUGCAUGAAGCUGGGAACCGACUGCCGGGCUUUUUUUUGCAGUGCCAUUAGGGAGCAGGAGAGCGUUCAUUAGUGGCUGGCUGAGGAACAGCCACCCUCCCUUUGUAGUUCUUGGUUGGGUUUUUAAAUAGAGUUACGUCCUCUGAAAAAAUAUACCAGUGUUUCACAUUUUUUCAAUGAUGAUUUUGUUAUAAAGACUAUGCUGCAAUGAUCUUACAUAAUCAAGUACUCAAUAAAUGUGUGUUUACUAAGCUUUUGGGCAAUUCUGUGGCUCUCGCAGUGAAUGUGUUUAGGCAUUCUGUUCAAUGCUCAGUGGAGUUUGUUAUAAGAGCAACAAAAACCUGAAAGCAAAAGCUUUAUUGUACUGUGCCUAUGGAGUUAAAGGCUUGCGAUCAGCUGGCCGGCUGAAGCGCAGGCUCUUGAAUUCUCUUCUGAAAUUGUUGUGUUGGUAUGAUUUUACAAUUACCGCAGUGUAAAUGACAAUUUCCUAGGUGGCUACUUGUGUGCUUUAAUAAAGGAAUAUAAAACUCCCUGUA